AUGCCUAAGGGAGGAAAGAACCGGAGACGUGGAAAGAACGAGAACGACGAUGACAAGCGCGAACUGGUCUUCCGCGAGGACGGCCAGGAGUACGCACAAGUGAUCAAGAUGUUGGGCAACGGCCGUCUCGAGGCCCAGUGCUUUGACGGCGAGAAGCGACUUGCACACAUCCGUGGAAAGAUGAGGAAGAAGGUCUGGAUCAACCAGGGCGACAUCAUUUUGCUCUCCCUCCGCGAUUUCCAGGAUGACAAGGCAGAUGUCAUCGUCAAGUACACCGCGGAUGAGGCGCGUAGCUUGAAAGCGUACGGCGAGCUUCCCGAAAACGCGAAGAUCAACGAGACCGAGACCUUCGGCGAAGAGGAUGGCGAGUGCACAUUCGAGUUCGGAGAAGACGAAGAGGUCGACAUCGACGACAUCUGA